AGGGGGCGGGGCUGGGGGCGGAGCCGCAGGGCGCGGCCCGGACAGUCGGUCUCCCGGCCGGAGGGAGCCACGACGCCGGCCAUGGAGGCUGGGGGCUUCCGCUACCAGUUUCGGAUCGCGCUGCUGGGGGACACGGCUGUGGGCAAGACGUCGUUGCUGCGGCGCUACGUGGCGGACGCGCCUUGGAUACCAGAGCCCGAGCCGGAGCUCGAGUCGGCGCCCACGGUGGGCGUCGAGUUCUACAGCCGCACUCUACAGCUGCGGGCCGGGCCGCGCGUCAAGCUGCAGCUUUGGGACACUGCGGGCCAGGAGCGCUUCAGGUGCAUCACCAGGUCCUUUUACCGGAAUGUGGUGGGUGUCCUGCUGGUCUUUGAUGUGACAAACAGGAAGUCCUUUGAACAUAUCCGAGACUGGCACCAGGAGGUCAUGGCCACUCAGGGCCCCGACAAGGCGAUCUUCCUGCUGGUUGGCCACAAGAGUGACCUGCAGAGCAUGCGAUGUGUCUCAGCCCAGGAGGCGGAAGAGCUGGCUGCCUCCCUGGGCAUGGCCUUCGUGGAGACCUCCGCCAAAAAUAACUGCAAUGUGGAUCUGGCCUUCAACACCGUUGCUGAUGCCAUCCAGCAGGCCCUGCAGCAGGGGGACAUCAAGCUGGAGGAGGACUGGGGGGGUGUCCGGCUCAUCAACACCCAACCCCCCAGGCCCCUCAGCAGGAAGCAGCAUCCGGGCCCAUGCCAGUGUUGACUCUGGGAGGGAAAGGGUUAAAGCAGCGCUGCCCUCAGAAGGCCUGGGGGGAUGGAGAGUGUUAAUAUCUCUCGGGAGGGCAAAUGGCAGAAUCUGUCCAGACAGUUAAUAUAUACAGUAUCCUGGCACA